GGCGGAGCCAAGGCGGCGCAGCGACGGAGCUCGCGGCGGGAGCGGGCAGCGGAGGCGGGAAGCCGCACGGCGACAAGGAGCGAACCCAACGGGGGAGCGGCAGCCCCACCAUGGCGGAGACGAAGCAGGAGGCACAUGAGGAGCAUGACUCAGCAACUGACAAUGCUGAUGACUCUAACCACGACCCGCAGUUUGAGCCCAUCGUUUCUCUUCCUGAGCAAGAGAUCAAAACUCUGGAGGAAGACGAGGAGGAGGUUUUCAAAAUGCGAGCAAAACUUUUCCGAUUUGCAUCAGAAAGUGACCUUCCAGAAUGGAAAGAACGUGGAACUGGGGAUGUAAAACUCCUGAAGCACAAAGAUAAGGGGACCAUCCGCCUUUUAAUGAGGAGAGAUAAGACUCUUAAAAUCUGUGCAAACCAUUAUAUCACACCUGUCAUGGAGUUGAAACCCAACGCUGGGAGUGACCGGGCCUGGGUGUGGAAUACACAUGCUGAUUUUGCAGAUGAGAGUCCUAAACCAGAGCUGCUGGCAAUUCGGUUUUUAAAUGCAGAAAACGCACAGAAAUUCAAGGCAAAAUUCGAAGAAUGUAGGGGUGAAGUUGAUAAAAAGGGAAAGAAAGAAACAGACAAAAACGAUAGCGCUGAUAAAAUUGCUGAGAAAUUAGAAGACCUUUCUGUAAAGGACGAGUGCAAAGAAUCGGAGAAGAAAGAAGGCAAGGAAAAGACUGAAGAAAAGCAAUAAAUCAUUUUGGGCCUUGUGUUUUUCCUUUUUUUUUUCUUAAAUUUUUUUCUUAAUUUUUACAAGGGACUUUAUAAAGAACUGUAUUCUAAUGUUUUUUUUUCUAAGCUUUUGCCCUUUUGGAAGAAUUCUCCAGGAAAAAAAAAAGAUCCAUUCCCCAGUCAUGAAAAUGUACUGUGCUUAAAACUCACUUUUCCAUAGUGGAAAUACUUAUUUAUAGUCAUCCAGGAGAGUGAACAAAUAAAGCUUUGGAAACGGUAUGAAAAAGAAGAGGGUUUUCUAUAUACACUUCAUGUGUGGCUGCCCUUGUUACCUUGGGUUAUAUGUUUGGGUGCCUAUUUUAAGUGAGGUAUAGUGUAACUGAAUUCUACCGAUUGGGGGGAAAAAAAGAGAGAGUAACAAAGAUGUUUCUGAUGCAUUGUGGCUGAAUGUUGUAAUGACUGAAAGGAGAAAUUUUAUGCUAAGGUUCCUUUUCUUGUAAUUGAGGUUUGAGUGACCUUAAGUGUUCUUGUGCAGAUUUAUUAGAAUGUCCCUUUGAAUCUAAUGUCAUCCCACAAUGGCCUAUGAUGUAUUUCAAAAUAUUACGGUUUCUUUUAGUUGGUGAUCCAGAAAGGCAGAAAUAAUAUCUUUUUAAUUAUUAUCAAAAGUGGGAGAUGUCCAGCGAAUGCGAUUUUUUUUUUAUAAAGCUGUUUCAAAGGCCUUUUUUUUUCUCCUGCAGAGCAAAAUCCUUCUUUUCUGUGUAAAAGGGGCAGAGGUCCAGUUCCUUCUAUAUAAUAAUUUUCAGUAUAAACUCCAUGUAGGUAUGAAGACAAGUAAUAACAUUUUUUGUUGCUUUUGCUGUCUCGAUUGUAGCAUUUUCAUAGUGUGUUCUGGGGGGAAACGGGGGUGGGUGGGAUUCACCUUUUUUAAAAGAUAACUUUUGGUUGUGAGAAAAAUAAUAAUAAUCCACCUUUCUUACUUAAUGCCACCCGGGGAAAAGCACUGAUGUCUGCAUUUGCAUCUGUUAGUCCACAUGAUUCCCUCAUUUUAACAAUAAACUUUUGGGUAACAAAACGUUUCAUUGUGGGCUCCCUCCUCAUUGUCACUGGUAGUUGAAAGAAGUUAAGAUUCACAGCCCAGGGACACCCUUAAAUCUUUGCCAGAGAGACCAAAAAUGUUCUGUAUGAUGAGCUUCUGCAUCCAUAACCAUGGGGUACGCUCACCCAACCAAGUAUGCUGUCGCUUUCCAUCCUCAUGGCAAAAAUGGAAUAUAAUUGGUCUUCGAAAAUUGGGGAGGGGGGAUUUUUUUUACAUAUAACUCAGGCUUUCUCAGUGUGUAUAUAUUCUGCAAGCUGUAUUCCCUCCUUGACCCAUUUCUCUUGAUUGUAGAAAUCUUCCCCAAAAGUAACACAGGUUGUCUGUCCUGCAUAUAAGUUUGAGAGCGCCUGGUCUAAGUUUCUUUCAAAGAUUCAAGUUCUCCAUGUCGGCUUGUUCCGGUGUUCCUCAACUGUGGCGCCUUAAAGAUGAGUGGACUUUAACUCCCAGAAUUCCCCAGCCAGCUAGGGAAUUCUGGGAGUUGAAGUCCACACAUCUUCAACGUUGCCAUGAUUGACAAACGCUUGCAUCUCAAGUGUGGCUGUAAAACAUUCCUUUUCUCUUGCUUGAAACAAUAUGCCCAGUCGUCUUGUUACUACUUUAAUUAAAAGCUUUUGUUCAAUUAACAGCAGAACUGUUUGAACUCAUCCGUGAUUUUUUUCUGGAAUUUUUAAGUAUUCCCUUGAUAUUCUGUCUCCCUCCCCACAAUCAUCAUUACAUUUUUUAAUGGAUGCAUUCGUUUCUUCCUGUAGUAUUGUAUUUUUUGCGUUAUUAUACUUGGACUAAGGCAUGACUGCAGGUUGGGAGAUGCAGAAAUACCUCAACCAGUCCCAAGGACCUGUCAGUAUACCCAACAGUAAGGUAAAAAGGGCAUUGGACACUUAUUUUCAGAUUGAAAUCACUAUAAAUGGUUUUAUAAAAAAAAAAGGCACUGUUCACCUGGCUAACUUUGAAAUAAAUUUAAUCUUCAUCUUUUUGUUUUGCUUAAUUCUUGUAAUGUAAGUGGGAGGGGGGGAUGAAACUACAGUUUGGUGUGUUCUGUUUUUGAUUCUUAGAACUGUUGGUCUCUCUGGUCUCAGGAUAACUUGUGUGUAACUGCUCUUGAUCUGCCCUUUAAGCUAUUUUAACAGCUUGAUUUCCUGUAUUGUAAUUUCUGGGACAUAAAAAAGUGAAUGAUGUGCGAAAAAAGGAAAAGCACCUGUUGAAUGUGACUCUUUAGUGCAGCUCCUCGUCUGUCACUUGGAUUUGGGAGGGAGUGGGGGGGACAGGGGGACGAAAGGGAACAAUUGCAUUGUUGUUGCUGUGUGUAAAUGUACUAUGCAGGUUGCCUGUUCUGUUUGCUCCCUUUGUAAAAUGCAACGCUUGUGUGUGCUUUUCCGAGGCCUCUUCUCCUUGCAAUUUUUUUUUAAUGGUGGAAACGUGUUCAGAAAGAGAAACGAAGCCAUACCGACAGGAUUUAUAUAGUGUUUGUUUAACUU